GACUGCAGUUCUUCAUUUACAGCCUGCAGUGUUCUGCUCUGGUGGGUUUUACUUUAUUCUCCAUUUAUGAAGGAAUCUAAUUUCUUAAUUUUUAGCAGUGGUAAAGGAAGUGAUUACACCCUGGACCUACAAAUUCAUGUGAUUAACCUGAUAGAAAGCUGGAAUCAGUGAGUGAUUAUUUCUUUAACAAAGUGAAAGUGAAACACUGAGCGUUCACACUGGAGAGAAGAACAACAGCAAAAUAAAAUGGCUUCAGCGUUUUCAGAGGAGGAUUUUUCCUGUCCUGUGUGCUGUGAAAUCUUUAAAGACCCUGUUGAUCUGCACUGCAGUCACAGUGUGUGUAAAGUGUGUUUGCAGCAGUUCUGGGAGACUAAAGGAUCCAGAGAAUGUCCUCUAUGUAGGAGGAAGUCAUCACUAGAGAUUCCUCCUCUAAACCUGGUGUUGAAGAUCCUGUGUGAGACUUUCUUACAGGACAGAAGUAAGAGAUCUUCAUCAACAUCUGAAACAAUCUGCAGUUUACACAGUGAGAAACUGAAACUCUUCUGUCUGGACGAUCAGCAGCCGGUGUGUUUGGUGUGUCGAGAUUCAAGAAAACACACCAACCACAAAUUCUGCCCCAUUGAUGAGGCAGUAACAGACUGUAAGGAGAAACUCAAAACUGCACUGAAGCCCCUACAGGAGAAACUGAAGAAUUUCGAAGACUGUAAACUGAACUGGAGUCAGACUGCAGAACAUAUAAAGAUUCAGGCCCAACACACAGAAUAUCAGAUCAAGAAGGAGUUUGAGAAGCUUCACCAGUUUCUACGAGAUGAAGAGGCAGCCAGGAUCAGUGCACUGAAAGAGGAAGAGGAGCAGAAGAGUCAGUUGAUGAAGGAGAAGAUUGAGAAGCUGAACAGAGACAUGUCAUCUCUUUCAGACACAAUCAGAGCCACAGAAGAGGAGAUGAGAGCUGAAGAUGUCUCGUUCUUACAAAACUACAAGACCACCAUGGAAAGAACUCUGUGCACACUGCAGGAUUCAAAGGAGCUUCCAGGAGCACUGAUCAAUGUGACAAAACAUCUGGCCAUCCUGAAGUUCAGAGUCUGGGAGAAGAUGCAGGACACUGUCCAGUACACACCUGUCACUCUGGACCCCAACACUGUUCAUCCUAAUCUCAGUGUAUCUGAUGAUCUGACCAGUGUGAGAUUCAGUUUUGAGAAACAGAAACUUCCUGAUGUUCCAGAGAGAUUUGAUGAAUAUUGUUGCUUUAUUUUGGGUUCUGAGGGCUUUAACUCAGGAACACACUGCUGGGAUGUUGAAGUUGGAGACUGUUCUGGAUGGUUAUUGGGUGUGAUGACAGAAUCUGCUGAGAGGAAGGGGAAUGUGUUCUCCAGAAGUGGAAUCUGGUAUGUAAGUUAUUAUGAUGGUAAAUAUGGAGCAGGUUCUACACCACAGUCAGAGACUCUGCUCUCAGUAACACAGAAACUCCAGAGGAUCAGAGUGAAGUUGGACUGGGAAAGAGGAAAUCUGUCCUUCUCUGAUCUUGUCACUAACACACACAUACACACUUUCACACACACAUUUACUGAUAAAUUACUGCCAUUACUAAGUGUUUAUGGUAAAGAACCUCUAAAGAUCCUCCCAGUUCAGUUCUCUGUAAAAGUGAAUCAGAUCGUUUAGAGUUUUAUUUCAGAUAAUUAAUGAAAUAUUGCAGGUAAAUACUGGCUGAAAUGUUUUGCUGGUUGUGGGUUUUAUGUGUGAAACUGCAGUGUGGAGAAUUAAAUCUGUAAAUUUUCCCUCACCAGCAAUUUAUGGAUUUACAAAGAUCAGAUAGAUUUGUUUUAGUCCGGCAUUAAAUGAUCAUUUUUAAUCUGAAAUAAAAUAUAAACUGAAAUAAAAAAUGUAUUUGUUCACAAAAUUGUUUAAUUUGAAUGAUUGUACAAAACCUAAAGACAAAAAUCUGAGUAAAUAAAGAAUUGUGUUCUGGGCUCUGAGGGCUUUAACUCAGGGACACUGCUGAAAUGUUGAAGAUGGAGACUCUACAUUCUGGGAUGUACAGUAGAUGUGAUGAUAGAAUUUGCUCAAAGGGGAUUCUAUUAUUUAGGAGUGAAGUGAAUAUACACAACCAGACACUCUCCUCUCAGUAACACAGAACCUCCAGAAGACCAGACUAAAGCUGGACUGAGACAGAGGAUAGCUGUCAUUUCAAAAACGGUUAAUAUCAAAUACAUUUCCCCCUACAGCAGCCUCUAUACAGGAUCUCUGACCCAUGUGUAGAAUUAUAAACUUAAACUUUCCAGGCACAGCGACACCGCGUGGACAUGUUUAGAAUUACAGCGAAAUAUAGAAAUC